AUGAUGCCUGGCCAGCGACUGCAAGGCUGCCGCUCCCUGCACCUCAACGAGGACAACGGCCGCUUCGUGCUGCUCGCCGUCCUCAUCAUACUGUACCUGCUGUGCGGCGCUGCGGUCUUCUCGGCCAUAGAGAGGCCCUCGGAGGUACGGGCUCACGGCCGCUGGAACGGGACGCUCCUCAACUUCAGUGAGACCUUCAACAUCAGCCUGCAGGACCUCAACUCCUUCCUGCGGGAGUACGAGGCUGCCAUCGCCGCCGGGAUCCGGGCUGACGCUCUGAGGCCACGAUGGGAUUUUACAGGGGCUUUUUAUUUUGUUGGAACUGUGGUGUCGACUAUAGGUUUUGGGAUGACAACGCCGGUGACAGUUGCAGGCAAAGUGUUCCUGAUUUUUUAUGGGCUUCUUGGCUGUGCCGCCACCAUCCUCUUCUUUAACCUCUUCCUGGAGCGAAUCAUCACACUGCUGGCCGUGGUGAUGAAGGCUGUGAGGGAGCGUCGUAUCAGGAACAGCGGCCUACUACCGCCGGGGAUCCGCCAUGACUUCUCAGCCUACUCGCUCCCCGGCUGGAAGCCCUCCGUGUACCAUGUGAUGCUGAUUCUUGGCCUGUCAGCCAUCACUAUCUCCUGCUGCGCGUCAGCCAUGUACACCCCCGUGGAGGGCUGGGCGUACUUAGACUCACUCUACUUCUGCUUUGUCACCUUCAGCACCAUAGGAUUUGGGGAUUUUGUCAGCAGUCAAAGUGCGGCUUACGAAUACCAAAGCCUCUACAGGGUGGCCAACUUCCUCUUCAUGCUAAUGGGCGUGUGCUGCAUCUACUCGCUCUUCAACGUCAUCUCUAUUGUCAUCAAGCAAGUGCUCAACUGGAUUCUGGAGAAAAUGAGCUGCUUGUUUUGUCAGCGCUGCAAUAAGGCCAACGUCCUCCUGGGUAGACGCAAUGCAAUCCGCCCAGGCUCCAAGAGUCGGCAAGGUCGCUCUACCCGGACGCCCGACUCAGAUGGACCCUGUGAUAGUGAUACCGAGGGACGCAGACUAUCAGGGGAGAUGAUCUCUAUGAAAGACUUGGCAGCCUCUAACAAGGUGUCAUUAGCCAUCAUGCAGAAGCAGCUAUCUGAGUCGGCCAACGGAUACCCCAGGACAGUCUGUGGCAGCUCACGCCAUAACGGUUUUUCUGGAGGGGUUGGCGCCCUCGGUAUCAUGAACAACAGGCUGGCAGAGACGAGUAACUCCAGGUAGAAGACAGUAAGACAGGAAGUACAGGAGCUCUUGAUUCUUAUACUGCGUAACACACCCUGGAGUUGAUCGCCAUAGAGAAAACACAAGGCGUUUGACAUGGAUUGCCAAUGUAACUUGUUAUGCAUGACACAUAUAAUUUUUUGGAUACUUUUGGUUGGAAUUACAAGCCUGUGGGGAUAAUACAGGUACUGACUGAUUGUUCCAGUGAUGAUUAGAUGAUGAUGGCAUGACGAGAGAACCACAGAGUCAACAAAAAAGUUGAUCUGGAAGAGUUGGGACCAUUUAUCACCCAUUACAUUAACCUCAAACCCAACCCAGAACAAAUCACUGAAAUGUCAGUGUUAGUCUGCAGAGGUCUGGUAUAUACGCUCAAUAUAUCAGACUCAUACGACUGAAAUGAUGUGCUGUAAAGGAGCCAAGGAAAGCAUACACAGUGUGUUCUUAAUCGUUUUGGGCUUACGCCAGUUUAUUUGAAUGUACAUAUUGAAUGCUGAUAUAAACAAGACAAGUGUACUCACUGAAUGACAUAGCACAUACUGAUCUAUGCAUUAUACUUCUCAUGCAUUUUUUGCACCAUUUCUAGACGUUCCAUUGAUUGUGCAAACCCCAUUACUUUCUUGACACGAGUCAAGUUUUACCCUCAGGUGAUUGAUUUUCAUUUCUGGGGGCCAGACGUAUAACGAUGUAGAGUUAAGCUAAGCAUGGCUGUGAUGUAGCUGAUUUCAGGGGGCUGCAGCGACGGGCGGUUUUACAGUGUGUCACACUAAGGGGCUAUAAAGAGUAAUUUCCUAUUGCUCAAGAUGGAGAGCAGAGCACAGUUGAAGAAUGAAAAUCCAUUUCUCGUGAGAGGAACGGGCCCUCUUAUCAGCUCAGAAAAUGCUUCGGCGGCCAAAGACUUUGACUUGAAGGGUAAAAGAAGGCACUACCCAACUCUUUCUCUCUCUGCUUUUUUAAGCUUACAGCUGUCUGUGAGGGAAAACAAAUGAUAAAGGCUUGCAAUGUAUUAAUUACUCUUAGAGUUUAGAAUGUAGACUUGUGUGUCUGUGAAAACAAAAUAAAUGAGAAGGAAGUUUAUGUUUGUUUGAAGUGAAAUAUAAGGGAGAGGAGAAACGUGGAGAAGGAGGCAAAAUAUGGAUGGUUUUAUCCCGCAGGCACAUUAUGUUAAAUGAUGCAGAUUGAAAGUAGCCGGGUCAAUCUCAGAUGCUGGAGUGGAAAACAAAACCCUAAAGGAUUCUCUCGCUUGCAUUGAUUUCUUUUUUUGUGUGGAUUUUCAGCGAGGGAGACUUCUUUCCAGAUACAUGGCUCUCUCUGUGAAACAAAGCAUGAUCCAAAAGCCCGCAGAGGUUGAUUUUCCUCGAUUUCAGUGUAAAUGUGUAGCCGGGGUUUAAUGGAUAAAGGGUGUUUGCAGAGGAUGCGGUGCUACCCUGUCAUGCCGCGCGAUCAAUGUCCCAGUUGCUGGCGACUAUCUCUUCCAGGGCAUCUGUGAUUUAACGCCGUGUGAUAUGUGUUUGAUGUUUGAUGUUUGUAAACAGCAGGACAGAGGAGGAGAUGCUGAUAGUUAACCUGUCCAGGAGAUGGUGAUAAUAGAAGAGGGGCUGGUGGCAGUAGAAGAGGUAAAGGUAGAGGAGGCAUCAAAUUAAUGCCCAAUCCAAAUAAAUCGCCUCUCUUAGCCAAGGGCUCAACCUGUCUUGGCGUCCAUCUUUAACAUCUAAUAUCCUCCCAGGCCACUCACCUAUUUUUCUCUGUCAUCUCUGCAUUCAUUUCACACACACUGCACCAAAACCCUCCUGCCUCCGGUUUCCUGCAGAUCUCGGCUCUCUCUUCACAUUCAUCACCUUUACACUGUGAAUACGAUGAGACAUGCCAUAAAUGUACAUAUAUAUAGUAUUGGAAUGUCUUAAAAAGCGAUUCACGAUAAGGCGUGAAUUGGAUCUAUCUUAUGUUGAUUUUUGUCAUGUUUGUGCAUAGAACUGAAUAAUUUCCUUUACUCCCCAGUCUCACCAAGAGGAAUAGAGAAAAUGACUCAGGUAGUUAAAUCUUCAGGCUUGUCUUAGUUUCUCCUGCAUGCCAUUAUGGUAAAGCCAUACAAGAUAGCUGUAUAUAAAACAGAGGACUCUUUAAAGUCUAUUUUUCUACAUAUAGCUUUCAAAAUAUCUACAUGUGAAUGAUUGAAUAAGUCACUGUCUCAUGUCUCUUACACAGUCAGUUAGCAGGUUGAUAAGAUGCACCCACAGGACUUAACUACCCUCUAAAAACAUGGAUACUAAUGUUAGUGAACAGAUGUUAAAGAGUAGUUUGAGAAAUAUGCAUAUCGGCAUUUGCUUUUUUGUGAAAAGUUUGAUGACAAGAUUGAUACCACUAUCAAAUACGUAGCUGGAGCUGGUUAGAUUAGCUUAGCAUAAAGACUGGCACAAGCUAGUCGUAAAAACCCACAAAGAGCAAUUUUUACUUUUUCCUGUCCAUGCUGUAUUGAAGAAGACUUGAAAGUAGCGGUUGUGACUAUAAAUUUAUGAGGAGAAGGAUAACGGAGUAAUGUCAUUUUCUCAUAGACUUCUAUGCGAUAUGACAUCUUUUUACAAACAUGGCACUUUCCACAUUGAUUUUACUUUUAAGACCUGGAGGCUACAUCAACUUCUUUAAUACAGUCUAUGGAUAUAAUGUGUUAAUUAUUGAUGUUGGUGGGCAAAAUUUUGCAACCUUUGAACAGACUGUUUUCUAGUUUUUAUGCUUAGCUAAACUAGCUUGCCUAAGCUUUCUCGACCAGGACCAGUAACUUUCUGGAAUUUCUCUUGUUUAUCUUGAAACUGGUUCAAGCCAGAACAGUCUGAUUCAAAGCCCCUGUAAAAUACGUAAUUGUUAAGAUGUAACAUGUUAGCUUCAGAGCUAGGCUAGUUGUUUCCCAGGUUUUCUAUCUUUAUUCCAUGCUAAGCUCACCAGCUGCUGGCUCUCGCGUCCUCACUCUACCUACCAGCAUGUCUAAACCACACUAAAUAACACAUUAUAUCUUGUUUGUUUAAUUUGUACUAAAAUUGAUAGCUUAGAAAGUAAAAAAAAUAAAAAUAAUAAUAGUUUUAUGACUAGCUAACAGUUCCCACUGUUUCUAGUCUUUUCCCAAAGCUAAGAUGAAUCAGCUGCUGGCUGUAGAUUCAUAUUUACCACAUGGACAUGAGAAAGUAACACUCAGCAAGAAAUAUGUGUAUUUCCCAAAUGCCAAUUCACUCUUUUAACAGCUCCCAGCAGAGUGGCUUAUGAGUAGCGGUGUGAGCUUACUGUAUGUGAUAUGAUGUGAA